AUGUCAUCAAGCGAAGAACGUGUAUUUGUAACUGGAGCAAGUGGAGAUAUUGGUAGUGGUGUUGUUCGUGGUCUUAUCAAAAAUGGAAUUCAGACAACAGCUUAUGUACGAGACGAGAAAAAAGCUGAAGGUUUAUUCAAAGAUGAACUCAAGACUGGUCGUUUGACAAUUGUCGUCGGUACCUACUCAUCUGUCGAUGUGUUUACAAAAGCAAUUCAAGGACAUACUCGUCUUUUUCUUCUCUUUAGUGCUAUUGGCAGCAAACCAACAGACAUGAGUCAAGUCAAAGGCACUUUCGGCAAGAUUGCUUAUGAACAGGGUGUGCGACAAAUUGUUGAUCUUUCUUCAGCCGCUGUCAGCAGACUUGGUAAGAAGGGUAUCAUUGCAUACAUGCAUACAAUAGCUGAAGAAAAACUAUGGACACUUGCCGAUGACAAACCUGAACAACGUUCACUUGUUGUACUUCGUCCUACAAGAUUCAUGAGCAGUCAAUUGAUGACUGAUGUCCAUCCUGUCAAACACUUAAACAAACUUGUCUUCUGCGCAUCGCCUUCGUCAGUAACAACUUGGAUCGAUUCGAGAGAUAUUUCUGAUUGUGCUGUGGUCGUCUUGAGUGAAUCCGUGGAGAAACAUGAUCGUAAUGUGUAUGAACUGUGUGGAGAGGCUAUGACUAAUGAAGAGCGAGCUGUUGUUUUCACUAAAGUGCUUGGUAAAUCUAUUACAUAUGAACAAAAAUCGUUAGAAGACUUCUACAAAACAAUUACUGCUCGCGGUAUAACACACUCGAUGGCAUACAAUUUUACAUUUCCAGCUCCGAAAGAUGCGUCUAACGCUGUUACUCCAGAAAUAUCCAUUAUCAUUGGUCGACCAUUACACACAGUUGAAGAAUGGCUCAAAGAGAACAUUAAAGCGUUUCAAUAA